CUUCCGCCUUGCCCGGCCGCGCGUUGAAGUGCGGGACUCGCGGACGCGCUCCGCUGGUAGCGUCCUGCAGUCGGGAGCGCGCCCUGUGGAUGACAACAAAUUCGUCGCGCAGCGGCGGUGGAGGUGUCCGCCUCAGCCCCGGCCUCAGGCCCUGCCGUCUCCACGCGUGAUCUCUUGCAUCCUCUCUCUGGGCCGACUAGGACCCCCUCGGAAGCCCCCGGGCUUGGGGUGACAGGGACUCCUCCGCGCCUUGUCCCCGCCAGGCCUAGCGUGAGCGGCGCGGCACAGGUGAUGGGGUCUCCCUGAGGGAUUCCCGGCGCCGAGCGGGCAUGGAGGGGCCUCCCCGGGCUUAGGCUUCGCCGCGGCCUGGGCUCGCCGGCCGGGACCUGAGACGCCGCCGCAGCCACAGCAGCGGCCUGGAGCCGGAGCCUGGGCCCCCAGGCCGGAGCCGUCCGCAGCCCCCGCCGGCCCAGCUGCCAACCCUCGUCAUGCCUUGGCCGUUUUCGGAGUCCAUCAAGAAGAGGGCCUGUCGGUACCUCCUGCAGAGGUACCUGGGCCACUUUCUGCAGGAGAAGCUGAGCCUGGAGCAGCUCAGUCUGGACCUGUACCAGGGCACCGGGUCCCUCGCCCAAGUUCCCUUGGACAAAUGGUGUCUCAAUGAGAUCCUGGAGUCAGCAGAUGCGCCUUUAGAAGUCACUGAAGGAUUCAUACAGUCAAUUUCUCUGUCCGUUCCAUGGGGCUCCUUGCUGCAGGAUAAUUGUGCCCUGGAAGUGAAAGGGUUAGAACUGGUCUUCCGACCUAGACCUCGCCUAGCAACUGGUUCUGAGCCUAUGUAUUGGUCAAGUUUCAUGACCAGCAGUAUGCAAUUGGCAAAAGAAUGUCUUAGCCAGAAACUAACAGAUGAACAAGGAGAAGGAUCCCAGCCUUUUGAAGGACUUGAAAAGUUUGCUGAAACCAUUGAAACAGGUUUGGCAUUAUUGAGUAUUUUCAAAAAUUUUAGAUUUUACUUAGUAGCAAGCCUUGUAUAA